AUAUAUAUAUAUAUAUAUAUAUAUCCUUAGUGUACAGUAUGUCUGUAUUUUGUCAGUAUAUCUGUCCUUGUGUUUAUGCUGCCCAUUGUUUUGUGCGUUGUUUGUCCUUCUGUUUCAUAUAUUUAUUUACACUGGAUUGUUUUCACUUUUGACACAUGAAUACAUUUUUGUAUAUAUACUGUAUAUUUAUUUGUACAUUUACUAGCGUUUUUUUCACCUCUCAUGGAAUAACAUUCAUUAUAUUGCUUCAGAUGACCGUCACAACAUGAAAACAUUUUUGCCCCCGGGCGCCCCGUCACUGGUCCUUGCCGACCCUGCCCUCCAGACACGCCCCCUGCAGUCUCCACCGCGACGCUUUCUUUCCCUCCGCCACAAACACUUGACUCUCCAGCCAUGAUCUUCCACCGACGACUUGGAUCUUUUGCAGUUUUCGAAUUGGACUUUCCUGAACGAUGAUUAUUUUUAUGUUAGUGGCGGUUUUCCGGUUCUGUGCUGGCGAUCCGUGCAACUGGACCGGGAGUUGGUUGAACCCAGGCGAGGACCCCAGGAUCAUCCUGCAAGUGCGACUUCGCUGCUCCGAAGGCUCAGUGAGGUGGCUCCACCCGGGCCACGCCAUCAGGGUGGUGCUGGAGCCGAACCUCUCAUCGACCAGACACACAACCGUGUGCAUCAAACCCUCGCCUUCCUUAAGUGGCGCCAGCGUCUUUGUGGAGCGUUUUGGGAAGCUGCACCCGCUGGCGACGGACGAGGGGAAGUCACAGCAGGUGACCUGUUACCACGAAUAUGGACCUGAACUGCCAGCCAUUUACAUCCAGACGGGCCCGCAGCGUGAGAGGCCAUGGAGCCGACAAAGACUGGGAUUCAAGUACGAACUCCUGGGCAACAGGAGCUCCGACCUUCAGCACCUGCCGACUUCCUGUCAGCCUUGCGAUGACGUUCGACUCCUCAGCGCCAUCUGCAGCAGUGACUUCGUGGUCCGGGGUCACAUCCAAGGGGUCACCCACCACACCGGUCGCCAAGCGUCUCAGGUGGAGGUGAGCGCAGUGCGGGUCUACUGGCAGCGCGGCGGAGUCUUCGAGGCGCGGGGGCCGCACUGGCGCGGCCGCAUACACACGCACCUUCAGUGCCAGGUGAAGCCAGGAGGUGGCGUGUUUCUCUUCAUGGGCUCCGAGCACUUUGGGGAAGCUUGGUUGGGAUGCGCACCGCGGUUUAAGGACUUCCUGUUGCUGUACCGGAGAGCCAAGGCAGCGCAAGAAAAUUCCUGCGACUUCCCCCUGGACUGAGACGGACCCUCGCCUGAGUGUGACUCCCGCCGACCAAAGAUCAGACAUUCAGUUUCAGUCACAUCUCAAAGCUGCCUCACUGUUUCUUACGCGCUAAAUGUCUAUGUAAUAUGUGUUUAUUGUUGUUAUUUUCUAAGCUUCUUUCUCCCCCAAAUAAAAAGCCAAACCAGCCAAGAUGGCCGAAGCUCCUGUCACUUUUGUGUGUCCCCUAGCUGAGAAGACGAAUGGGCAGAUGUGGGGCCCCAAAGCUGUGUGACCCUCCUCUGGGAUACGCCCAGAAGAUGGGAACAAAUAAUUGACUUUUCAAACCAAGCGCUUAAA